ACGAUAAUUAGAAUGUCCCUUGUUCUUGUUACUUUGUUGAUCUUAAUGUCGUACCAGGACAGCACUGACUGCUGGAGAAAAAUUCCUUGUUUUUACACACCUGGCCAAUAAAUCUGAUUCUGAUUGAUGUCGUUUUGGAUAGUCCCUUUGCCAAUGUCCCUUCUCUCCACUGUAGUGGGAACUGUCAUUAUCAAACUCACCACUCUCCCAGUUGCUGUCACUACCUCUUCUAUCCCCUCAACGUUUCAUGCCUCGUCUGUGUACUCUGCUUUGAAAUUGUCCUUGAGUGAAUGCAGCAAUGCCUUUGGCAUUUCCUCUCCUGUUUUUCUUUGUGGUUUUAUUCUUUGUUGUCAGCAUGUCGCAUAAUUUUUGCCAGGCAAUUUUUUGUUGUUGUUUGACCAUCUGCCAAUCAGGGCGUUAGCCAUGAUUUUGGUCAUUGGGGAAUGUAGACCAUCCAUGAAUGCUGCUAUCACUACGAACUCGAACGGACUCUCUUCGCCUCGCCAAAACUAACUGCUUUUGGAAUUCCGGAGUUGCUUUCACAAACAUCCAUGAGGCGGUGCAAGUCUUCAGCUACUGUUUCCUGUGCUCCUUGCGCGCAUCCGUGACAGGUUUGUAAACGAAUGGAUAUGAUCUGCCAGCGUGUUCUUAAUCAGGGCUUCCUUAAGGUGGAGCGUUAUCACAGUGUAUGUCAGAGGCAAGUCAAAGCUCAACUUCCCAGACGAGAGUCCGAACGGAGAAACCAUUCACUGGCUCGUCAUGCUGACAUACUUGCUGCAGUGGAGACGCGCCUUUCUCUCCUGAACAUGACAUUCAUGAAAUAUGUUGACUCCAACCUCUGCUGCUUCAUCCCUGGAAAGGUGAUUGAUGAGAUCUACCGUGUGCUCCGAUAUGUGAAUUCGACUCGUGCUCCGCAGCGAGCUCAUGAGGUCCUGCAAGAGUUGAGGGACAUCUCCUCCAUGGCUAUGGAGUAUUUUGAUGAGAAGAUAGUUCCAAUUCUGAAAAAGAAGCUGCCUGGAGCUGACUUGUCCGGGCGCCUCAUUGGUUCUUCUCCUGCGCCUACCCAACGGGAGGAGCUGGAAGAGCGCGUGGCCGGGAUGUGGAGGGACCGAAAGGAUCCUGCCCGCUCUGGUCCUAAUUCGAGUGGUGUGCAAGUCUUCGAGGUGGCAGGUCCAUCUGGUUCUCUGACCACCAUGUCCUUGCUGGCCAAAAAUGGACCAUCACGCUCUGAGAUGACCAAAGUGCAGCAGCAAGUGAAGGUCAACGGGGCGUCUGUGACAGUUUUGCGGCGGGAGAUGCAAGAAAUGCGCGUCAAGCAGUUGGAACAGCAGAAGCAGCUGCAGGACCAAGAGCAGAAGCUGCUUGAACAGACACAUGUUAUUGGUGAACAGAAUGCCCGCCUUGCCGAGCUGGAACACAAACUCCGUGAACUAAUGGACAGUAAUGCUAUGGGGGGAUCCACGUCCAGAACAUCUGUCCCCUCUUCAUCCAACAAUGAUUCUGUGUCUUCCACUGCUUCCAGUCUUCCUACAUUAGGGUUGCCAAGUGAUGGGGCAGAAAUCUCCUCUCCAGCCGGGGAACUUGUUUGUGAGGGAGAGAAAUCUCUGAAACGCAGCAGAAAAAGCUUGGACCUUUUACGAAAGUCAAAACGUUUGUGUAGCAAGAAAUAAGAAACUGUGUUAUUUAAAUUUUGAGUUUUAGUUUUGAGAUCAGAUCACAGAUUCCUCUUUGAUUUUUCUCUGUUCUGGUUUCAUGGUGGUUAGAAAAUGUAGUUUUUCAUUCACUUCUUAGUUCAUGACUCACCUGAGCUUCGAUAAGCUCUAUUACAUGUCUAAAACUCCAAACAAUUAAAUUCAAGUUCAUUUAUAAAGUACUGAUUUUUUUUUUUUUGGGGGGGGGG